AUGAUUGUAGGAUCCUUUCUAUUACAACAAGCUGACGAACCAAGGACCAAUAUAAGUCCCUCUGAUCUAACUAGAGUGAAUGGAAAUUUAAAUAGCGGUCCUCCUAGCAGCACUCCUAACAACUAUGCUCACCCCAAUUAUUUGCUCGAGACCAACAAACCGCAGAAUUUCUCCACUCUCUCAAAACCUCGACCAGCGUAUCCUUACGAUGCCUCUCUUCAAGAAAGUCCGGAUGCUGCAAGCGAUACUAUCGACUUAAAGAUGUUUGAAACUUCCUUCAGAGGGGAUAAAAGCUUGAAUACGGGAGGGUUGGAGGAAACCACAAAAUCAGUUAUAUCGGAUGUAGCUAGAAAAUCAAACGAAUCAUUAAACAAGUCUAAAAACGAUUCGGCUGUCAUCAGUAAAAGCUCUAAAGGUCCUUCCCGUUCGGGAGGUCAAGAAUCUAUGGCGUCCCCAAAAGUGGAAAGACCUUCCUCCAAAGUGAAUGCCCCCACAGGACCACCGGCAGUCUUGAGGGUCGGUGCUACUCGAGGCAACAAGAGGGUGAUCGGUCUUGUCCCCCAAUCCACACACCAUUACCAGUCACCGCCUCGACCAUUGCGACCAACCGCGCCGCCUUCGGCAGCGCAAUCCAUAACCUCAAGUGGUAGUGGCGGGGUAGCGGAUGGGUUGGGGAUGAGGGACGGACGUCCAAUUCGGGUGCAGAGCUCCCUCGAGCUGCGCGAUCUCACCUUCCAGACGUGGUGUGCCAAGCGCGGCAAACAGUACCUCGAGGAGAGGCGCUCUGAACAACUGAGACGAAUGCAGGCGGAGGAAGAGACGAAGAGACAGGUAUAUCGACCUUCUUUCAUCGCUGUCGCUUGA